GGUAACUUUCCAAAGGACCACCAACAAUAGAGGGAUAUGUUUGGUCCAUGCGUCAGUUGCAUGAAGCCGCCUGCCUAAUUCGAACUAUUUGUCUUCCUUUCCGCGGCAACCGCGGUGUCUCCGACCUCCGCAGAGAAAAGACGGCAUUUGGGUGCUGAGCAAUAUCUAAUCUCAAAUGGCUCUCAGUGGCGGUGAAUUUUCUUUGAGGAUAGAGGAUUUUCUUCAACAGGCGGGUGGAUGUGCCGUUAUUGAUGGGGGCCUCGCGACAGAGCUAGAACGCCAUGGAGCAGAUCUUAAUGACCCUCUCUGGAGUGCGAAGUGUCUGAUUAGCUCUCCCCAUCUCAUUCGUCAGGUUCAUCUAGACUAUCUUGAAGCUGGAGCAGACGUGUUAAUCACAGCAUCUUAUCAGGCUACGAUUCAAGGCUUCGAGUCCAAAGGCUUAUCGAAGGUGGAAGCUGAAGCAUUACUUGAGAAGAGCGUCCAAAUAGCAUGCGAAGCACGUGAUGAAUUUAUGCGGAGAUGUAUCUCAGGAGUAUAUGAAGCAAAUGGGAAUCAGCAUACACCAAAACCGCACCAUAUCUUAGUUGCAGCCUCUGUAGGAAGCUAUGGAGCUUAUUUAGCUGAUGGUUCUGAAUAUAGUGGCCAAUAUGGGGACAGUAUUACAUUAGAAGUCCUGAAGGAUUUUCAUAGGAGAAGGGUUCAAGUUCUUGCAAAUUCUGGUGCUGAUCUAAUUGCAUUUGAAACUAUCCCAAACAAGAUUGAAGCUCAGGCUUAUGUUGAACUGCUUGAAGAAGGUGAUGUAAAAAUUCCAGCUUGGUUGUCCUUCAACUCGAAGGAUGGUGUAAAUGUAGUGAGUGGAGACUCUUUGGCUGAAUGUAUCUCUAUUGGUGAUUCAUGCCAGAAAGUGGUUGCUGUUGGCAUCAAUUGUACGCCUCCUAGAUUCAUUCAUGAUUUGAUUAUCUCUGUCGAGAAGGUUACCAAGAAACCUGUUCUUAUCUACCCAAACAGUGGGGAGAUGUAUGAUCCAGAGAAAAAGCAAUGGGUGGAAUCGACUGGGGUAUCAGAUGAUGAUUUUGUACCGUAUGUGUGUAAUUGGCGUGAAGCAGGAGCUUCCCUUAUCGGUGGUUGCUGUAGGACGACUCCUAAUACAAUUAGAGCCAUCUGUAGAGCUCUGAACAAGUGAUUUUGCUGUGUUUACCUGCAUAGUUGUAGGAUGGAUAUGAUUUCCACGACUCAAUAGGUUGUCGGCUGACACUUGAUAUUUAAAAGCUUAAACUAGGAGAUUUUUGUUUUUCUUUCCCCCUGCUUGUGUACUCUAAUAAAGGAAAAAAGAGGAAAGUAGUGGAGAGAUUGUUUUGGCAGGCUAAGAUUGGCAAGAUUUGGCUUUUUUAGUUUUA